UCGAUGUUUUAACAUCUAGAAAAUUAAUCAAUUAAAAGUUUACUAUUUGUCAAUUGCUAAUAGAAUAUCAUGAAAAAGAGAAGUAAAUUUUGUUAAUAAGAAACUACCCCCGAAGAUUCGGGUAUCGGAUGGCGAAAUGAGAUUUUCGUUGGAGGGAGAUGUAUCAAUGGUUGUAUGGGGAGCGCAUAGCAGUAGUGAUAUUUAAUGGCAUUGUGUGGAUACCCUUACAGCGCUAUCCUGUGUAAUUUCAAAUAUCUAGUCAUUUAAGGUGAAUAAAGGUUGAUUAUUUGUGGGGCUUGUGUGUGUUUAGUGCGCUCUCCUUCAUCUAUGCUUGCCCUGAGAUGUUCUUGAACCGUUAAGAAUGGGAACUAGGCUUAAUUUUACCCACAAGUAGGAAGGUUGUGGCUACUGAGUAGGCAGCAUGGAUCCACGAAGUUUUGGCAACCAUCCACAACUGAAACCACCCAUGUUAUUAACUGGAACAGCAAAUGAAGGUGGUGCUGGACCACCUAUUGGUUUAAUAGACAUAGGUGUUAGUGAACAAGCGUACCUUUUCCGAGUUGCACUGCCUGGCAUCCGGAAGAAUGAAUGUGGGGUAAAAUGCGAGAUCCAGCAUGAUGGGAUUGUUCACAUACGAGGAGUAGUAACACCUGAUGGAGGAAUUCUGAAAGACUCAUCGAAUGUGUUCAAGUUGAGAGUCCAGCAACUGAGCCCACCUGGGCCAUUUACUAUUUCUUUUAAAUUGCCUGGACCUGUUGACCCUCGCCUCUUCUGUCCUAAUUUCAGGGGUGAUGGCAUCCUGGAAGGGAUGGUUAUGAAAGAGAGAGUGCGAGUUAUUCAUGUAGAUGGUUGAAUCCUGUCUUCCCUGAGUUUUUCUUUAGGAAUGCAUCUAAAAUACAAAGACAUUCUGUAGAAAACAAUGGUGAAGUUUAUGACAAAGUAAUGGCAGACUGCAUUCUUGAUGCAUCUUUUUUA